AUGUCUACCCUCAACUCCUCUUUCGAGGAUGCGAUCCGCGUCACUCCUCAAGGUAACAACAAGUACAUCGCCAAUCUGCGACCAGAAUGGUGCAUUGGAGCCGUGCCCCAUGGUGGCUACACAACAUCCGUGCUAUACAGACUAGCGCUCGUGCACUUCGCGCACGCUCAUCCAAAGCAAUACGACACACCUGCCUCACCCAUUUCCCUCCAACUCUCCUUCCUCCGGCGCACAGCCGCCGGCCCAGCGACAAUGGAAGUCGAAGACGUGAAGAUCGGCCAGCGUACAAGCACAAUCCAUAUCAAACUCCUCCAGCCAUCAGAGAAACAAAAAGAUAAAAUGGAAACCAAGGUUGCCGGGUACAUCACUGUCAGCCCACCGAGCGCAGAAACCGGGAUCUGUGCAACAACAGGCUGGAAACCCUACCCAGCACCUCCAUCUGGGUCCGGCCCUCACGGCAAAAUCAACUUCGACGCCCUAGCCAACGGAAAAGAUGGCGAGUGGACGAAGCUCGAUCCCCCGUACCCGGAAUUCCGCCGCGCAGCCUCGCAGCUGGAGCUGUUUGGCCCUGGAAAGGGCGAGACGCAGCAGCAGCGGUCGGGGUCCAUGGCGAUUGACCAGUGGGCGCGGUUUAGACCAAAUGGGGAUGUUAAUGGUCGCUGGACGGACGCGACGAUUCCGUAUCUUAUUGAUAUGUUUCCCAUGGCGCUGGAUGGGUUCGAUACCGUUUCUGCGAAUGCGGCGGCGAAGGCGAAAGGGGAGAAGGUGGCGGAGAUGAAGGCGAAAUUUUGGUAUCCGACUGUUACGCUGAAUGUGGAUAUGAAGAAGCAUUUGCCGGCUGAGGGAGUGGAGUGGCUUUAUUCGAGGAUUGUGACGAAGGUUGUUAGGGAUGGGAGGACGGAUUUGGACGUUACGGUGCUGGAUCAGAAUGGGGAGGUUAUUGCGCUGAGUACGCAGGUUGGGCUUGUUGUUAGUGCGGCGAGAAAUGUUGGCUCGAGGAAGAUGGAGAAGUUGUAG